GGCGGUGAACUCAAAAUCUCGCAAUUUUGGCGACUUUCUGAGGGUUGCUUUCCAGAGGGUUACUGGGACAACUAGUUGGUCCGUAUAAAUGUCUACUUCAGUAAAAGCGGUCAUUCCAACGUAACCAGCUCCUGCAGAACACCUCUAAAAAUGGUUUCCAAAACUGUGGUGUCGCUCUGCAUUGCACUUCUUGCGAUAGCAUUAAUUGCUGAGGCUCAAAGAGAUGGCAGAAGGAGGUCUGGAAGAAGAAAGCCAACCACAGAGAGUCCUCCACUUGUUGAUGAACCUGAGAGCGAAAGCAGUCCCCAAAAGUUAGACACAGAACCAGAAAGCGUUGCAAAACAACCCAGCACUCAGCCUGCAGAGUCAGAAACUAAUUCUCCAGCAUCAGCUAAGGAAUCAGGAACUAAUCAAGGAGGCCCACCUUUUAUUGUGCCAAGAGGUACUAGGAAACCGCGACCAGUGCAUGUACGCGGCAGCGGAGAAACUAGACCUAGACCCACCUUACCCACUUUUGCACGCAAAAGUUCUGGAAGGGGCUCUAAGUUAGAUCGCCAUGAUCUGAAAAAAACUGAUGAAAACUCUCUUGCAUCUCCUUCAACUUCAACAACUACUUCCAAACCAUCUAGAAAUUCUUCAAGACGGCGAAAUAUUUCUCAGGCAUCUGAAAGAGAUUCUUCAGGCUCUGAAAAGACAUCUGCGGAUUCUGCUGAGCAAUCAACCGAACCUGCACCAAAAAAGAGGUUUGGAGGUGCUACUAGAAGACCAUCUCGAGGAAGUCGCAGAAACAAUGCUGCGGCUUCAGAAACAUAAAACUGUGAUAGCUUAAAGAAUUUCAGGAUUUAGUGGUAUAACUAAAACUAAAAAAUGAUGAUCAUCACAAAGCAUUAAAAAUACUCAUCAAAUCCUUAAAAGGUUAUGCAACUUUUUCUUUGUGCUGUUGUGGUGAGAGCACAUUUUAAAUGUUUUUCCAUUGCAAUACUAAUUAUUGGAAUCAAAGGUAGGAAAAUCAACAGUUAUGAUGUAUUCCUAUUCUGAAAAACUCAACUGCGUUAGGUCUGUUUAUGUUAAUUUCAUCAACGUUAUUUUCUGGUGAAAUCUGGGACUUUUCAGAAUUUACCAUAUUCAUGUAGUUUCCUAAUUCAAUUCACUGAAAUCAUGCGCUUAAUAUUUGCCGCAGACGAGUAUAAAGACGACUUUCCUAACAGACAGAAGCUCUUGCCAGUUUCUAAAGGAUAAGCGUCAUUUCCCUCCAUCACCUAAAAUAAUUAAUAUCAAUAUUUUAUCAGUUCUUCCUAUCAGCUAACCGCUGUUACAUUUGAAUGGAAAGAAAUUUCCAGAAAUUAUCUUUACUCUAAUGUUAUGGAAACUCGUACCGUUUUAUCUCUUCCUCGUACUUGCCAAAAUUAAUUUCAGGUGUCAGAUAUGAAACUGAAAUUCACUAAUGGCAUAUCUUAACUGCAAUAGGAUUCCGCAUUAGAAAUAUUUUGAUUUCAGUGUCCAUUUGGUUUUAAUAAAGAAUUCUUCUGAAAUAUAAUUAUCUCCGUAAAUCUUCCUCCGUAAAUCAUCCUUUGCUUACUAAUUAAAUUGUUAAUAAACGAAUUACGAUUUAUCUAAGUUUAUAUGUACAUGGUGAAUUUCAUGUGAACUUUCAUCAUAUCCAAUAAAAUUAUUUCUUUUAUUACCACCACAAAACUUCAUUAAAAUACAAUAAUAUAUCCUACCCACGUCAUGGCAGAUGAUCAUUUGAAUAUCUGGGGUAAACUAGACAUUUAUUUAUUAAAAACAUAUUUUAUUUCACUUAAUUAUUUUUCAAAAAUUAUCCUCUUAGGCUAAAUUUACAUUUAGUUUCAUUACAGAAUCAUUCUGAUAGCGCAUGUAUAGUUUUAAAAAUAAAAUAAUUAUAUAUAUGAACAUAUACAGAUAGCUAUAUAUUAUAAACUAGUUAUUUAAACAGUACAUAGUAACAGUAUAAAGUAUAAAGGAAGAAAAAAUAAUUCAUACGUACCAUUGGUAACCAAUAUUCAUUGUAAUCAUAUUUUCUUGUUCCCCAUUCCUUGAAAUGUUCUAAAUAUACUUAUGUCAAGUGCAUCUAAUACUCCCAAAUGGGUAUUCUCUGUAUUUCAAUUUAUUUCUGCAAUGUUUUCAUAGAUAACGAGAAAAGUCUGUAACAUUUUUGUCACUUUUAAAUUCUAAGUUGUUAGUAAAAAUAACCUUCGCCUUUAAUAUUCAUAUGUAAAUAAAGAAUUUGAAGGAAA